AUGGUGAAGCAGGUGGCUUCCGUUGACGAAUUCCAGACCCUGAUCGCUAGCCCUAGCCUUGUCGUCGUGGACUUCUUUGCCACGUGGUGUGGGCCUUGCAUGAGCUUCGCCCCCAAAUUCGAGGCCAUGUCCAAGGAUUACCCCUCGGCUAGCUUCGUGAAGGUUGACAUCUCCGAUGUCCCCGAGCUGCAGACCAAGUACGCCAUCACCAGCAUCCCCGCGUUCAAGCUUUUCAAGAACGGCGAGGUCGUUGCGGAGGUUGUCGGCGCAAGCGGCAUCAACCUGAAGAACGCCAUCGAGAAGAACUUGUAA